CGUGUCGCCGCGUUUCUCGACGCGCUAAGCGUGGUUCUUCAACCCAAGUACUUCCGACUCGAAGGGCAUCGACAUGCAUCGUGCUUUUGCAAUCCCAGAACUCGUCUUCCGGAUCGUCGAUAUGUUUGUUGAGGUGGAAAAUACGGAUGAGACGGACGGCGAUGGACCGUAUGUUGUCGACAGACCGGCUCUUGCCGCUUGCGCACGAACAUGUCAAGCAUUUUACCUCCCCGCCAUCACGGCGCUUUGGAAGGAUCGAGACCUGGAUAUUGAGACUGUUCUUUUGCAUUGCAUGCCCGCCGAUCUCUGGGAAGUGCAACGAGAGACAUCCUCUUCGUUCUAUAAGCGAAAUGUGACAGAUUAUCUGGUUCUCCGACGCUCAAUCCGCCACGAGGACCUAGAUCGGCUUUUCGUCGUAGCGCCGCUUGUCAACAAGCUCAUCUUUGGUCGGGCUGCCAACGUCUUUCAUAGAAGUGUCGCUAAAGAGCUGACGCAAGAGUCAUACCUUCACCUUGCCUCAGUCCUUCCCGUCGGCAUCUUCUCCAGACUACGUCACCUCGUCUGGGAGGGCCAAAGCGCCGAUCUAGACUAUCUACCCGUAUUCCUGUCACCGUCCCUCAAGUCGCUGCAUCUCCAGUAUAUCAAGACCUCAGGUCCGCGCCUCGACAUCAUUUCCAGGCUUCCGGAACGCUGUCCCAACAUCACACAAUUCGAUUUCAUGAUCUUACCCUUCGACGACUUUGGCUUUAACAACAACGCGAAGGAUGUCGUCAAGUCGAGGCUCGCUCGCCUCACACGCGCCUGGAACUUACGCGGGCUCGCGACGAACAUCACAGCCUAUAACUCCCUGAGUACUCUAGGGCAAUUACCAGACUUGAGGAGUCUCUGGCUCACGUUUGAAAAUGAUCCAGUCGCCAUACCCGUCUUUUUCCAACCUGGGUCAUUUCGAUUUAUGCGAGACAUAUUCCUUGACAGGAUCAAUAUGCGAACAAUUAUUGCACUGUUGCAGAGUUCCACCUUUCAUUCGCUGAGGAGUCUGAUCCUUCGAGGACCUGUCGAUGCAACCUCCGGAGAUUGGUCUGUCCUUCUCCGUGCCGUACGGUCUGCGGUCAUUAGCCCGAUGUCGGUCGAGUCCCUUUCCAUCGACGAGGGAUAUUGUAUUGCAGGAGCGACCCCUCAUGAAUCGACGGAAGCGAUCACCGACACCGACCUCGUCCCAUUAUUCGAUUUCCACAAUCUCGCACUCCUCUUCUUGGAACUCCCGGGAGGCUUUGAUCUCCAAGACGCGACUAUCGACCGAAUGGCCAAGUCCCUGCCUCGAUUGGAAGGCCUUGGCUUGAAGUCCCAGCACCCGCCGCGCUCGCAGCGUCGCCUUUCGCUAUCUGUGUUAGCGCCGCUCGCCUUACACUGCCCGCGCUUGAAGUUUGCACGUCUGGAUCUCGAUGCGAGGGGUAAAUCAUUUCUUGGCAGCCCACCACCAACAUAUCAGGCUUGCUCUUUGGAGUCGCUUGACGUCGGGUAUUCCCCUAUCACCAGCUCGCACGCUGUCGCCAUGUAUCUCGCGGCUUGGUUCCCGCAGCUUGCAGCUGUUGGAUACGAUAGAGACUCGGACUCAAGCAGCCUAUGGGAGGGGGUACAGAAACGGCUAGCGGCGGCGCAGAUGGCGCGCGAAGUCGCGCGACUGGAGGGUGAAGGAGAGAGUAGAGCUGCGGCCAUGGCGCGACUUGGGUUGGGUGACGGAGAGAACACGGUAGAAUCUUCGGAGGAGGAAGCAGGAUAGGUACCCUUGUCUUUUCCUGCAUUCUUGCCGAAGCUGAGCCUGGCACAGAACUCUCAUGGACUCAUGUGCGGCUUGGAGUGGGC